AUGGCGAUGACGAUCUCUGAUCUUCCAGAGGAUCUGCAAAGGGAGAUUGUGUGUAGAGUUACACAGAAAGAUAUGAGAGCAGUGCGGUUAACUUGCAAAACGUGGGACACUUUAUGGAAAAGUGAGAGGUUUAGGAAGAUGCACAUGUGUAACGAAGAAGCAGCAAGGGAAGAAGGGGAGUCUCGGGUGAUAGCGUUGAUAGAUUGGAAUCUUCAUCUAAUUAGCGUGGUGGUGGACGACGUAGAUCACCCAUCUACAGAGAUUAAAGGAAAACUUAGUUGCCUAGAUGAUCAACAACAACGACAACAAGAGAAUAUAAUGAAAGUCUGUCACUGCGACGGGUUACUGUUAUGCGCCUUGAAAGACAGUUUUAGGCUGCUUGUUUUGAAUCCGUUUUUGAGGCAAACCAGGUGGAUCGAACCACCUAGUUUUUCUUUUCCCUGCUUAAGCGACCGCUAUGUAUAUGACUGCUACAGGUACGCUCUGGGAUACGAUUAUAAUAAGAACUCACACAAGAUCUUAAGGUUUAUGGAAGUAAAAAUGUGGCUCCGAACUGGACACCUGUUUUGCUACGAAAUAUACGAAAUCUACGGUUUCGACUCUAAUUCAUGGAAGACUCUAGAUGUGGGUACUCCACACUGGAGUAUAACGAAUCAUAAGGAUUGCGUUCCUCUCAAGGGGAACACUUACUGGCUUGCUACACUACAUAGGAACUCAUACUGUCAAUAUGAUGGCCUAGUCUGUUUUGAUUUUACAAACGAGAGAUUUGGUCCCGUUCUCCCUCUUCCUCCGGACGAGGAUGAUCUUCUUGUAAAGUAUGCGGUUCUAUCUCGUCUUAGAGGAGACAAGCUUGCCCUUCUGUUGAAGUUUCAUCAACCUACCGUGGAUGAGAUAUGGGUUACGACUGUCAUUGACCCCAGUCAGGUGUCCUGGAGCAAGUUCUUGAUACUGGAUAGGAGACCAGGGGUCCCCGAGCUCUUUUGGGAACUGUUUCCUAUAGGUUUCUUCAUUGACGAGGAGAAGAAAGUCGCUAUGGUUUUGGAUAGUAAAGGAAAACUUAGCAUCUUCGGAGAGGAUGGAUUCUUUAGACAAGUGGAUCUCCCCGUACAUCCUCUUCACCCUAGCACCAAUAACUAUCAUCAGGUGUGCUUUCUUUAUACUCCUAGUUUAGUGCAAAUCCACAAGUCUCUUUAA